AUGACGCUCAGGCGUAUGCUUCUGUGCAUUUUCACUACGGCCCUCCUUAUCCACGUCUCAUUCGCAACGCAGAACGAGAACCAGUGCGAGAAUGCAAGAUACACUUCGAAGCACCGUGUUUUCGUCCUCACGGACAUCAGCAAUGAACCAGACGACCAAAUGAGCUUAGUCCGUUUGUUGGUGUACGCCAAUGAACUGGACAUCCAAGGCAUUGCUGCUGUCACAUCUACCUUUCUCAAGAACGCCACCGAUGAAGCCACCAUCCGUACAGUCAUCAGUGCUUACGGCAAUGUUACGAGAAACCUCGACAGCCAUGCGUCAAGCGGCGCUCCCUUUCCGAGAGCAGAAGAACUCCUGGCCAAAGUCUACAAAGGCCACUCGGUGUAUGGCCUUGAAUCACUGAAGCUCAACACCAGCGAGGCGGCCUUAGCCCUGAUUGAUGCGGUUGACGACUCUGAGAAGCCCCUAUGGAUCACGAUCUGGGGUGGGGCGGCAGUUUUGGCCGAGGCGCUUUUCCGGGUCGAGAACACCAGGACCACCAACGACACAGCCACUUUCGUCAAGAAACUCCGGGUCUAUUCUAUCUCAGAUCAAGACGAUGCGGGUUCUUGGAUUCGACAGAAUUUCCCAGCCUUGUUCUACAUUGUUUCUCUCCACGGUUUUACCGAGUUCAGCCAGGCAACGUGGAAUGGCAUCAGCGGCGAGGACUACAGACAUUUUGACAAGGGCGGACCUGACAGCUCUUUGGUCACCAACGACUGGUUGCAGAAACACAUUCGCAUCGGUGACCUGGGAGCUCAUUAUCCAAACUUCUCUUAUAUCAUGGAGGGCGAUACCCCUUCCUUCCUCCCCCUCAUUCAAAAUGGUCUUGGUGAUCCCGAACAUCCGGAAUACGGUAGUUGGGGCGGCCGCUACACCCUUGUGGACUCAUCCGGUCGAACACAGACCUUUGCCAACACUGCGGACUAUGUCUAUGGGAUCAGCGGGGACACUUACUACAGCAGCUUCGCCUCGAUCUGGCGCUGGAGGAAGGCAUACCAGUAUGACUUCGCCACACUUGUCAACAAGACCUGUGCUCCCUCAGCAUUCGAAGUUAGCUACAAGUCCGGAGAAUCCAUCGUGCUCGAUGCCUCCCAGUCCUGGGACCCUGACAACGACGAGCUUACAUUCAACUGGUUUAGCUAUCGAGACGUAACGACGCCGAUGGAUGGCAAUCUUCCCGAAAUCUUCCCAAAUAUAACGGUCACGAAUUUGGAUGAGCAUGGAAGUGUAGUGCGGGUUUCUCCGCCUAAUCUUGGCCUUCUCGACCUUGCGUAUUAUCUUCACUCCUGA